GCGUGGCGGGCGGGAAUCCGAGAGGACAACACCGAGUUUGCCAACGGCGGUGUGUCUGUACGCGGAGCGCAGCGCGGCAUCGCCACCGGGCACUUCGCUCAUCCAACCUGCGGCAAGCUCUUCCUCGAGGAGCGGAGCCUGUCUAACUUGGGCUGCGCAAGGCAUGUGGUUUUGGUUUCGAAGCAGAACUUCCAGCCGCACCAGAUUAUGUCCAUGCUGAAAGAGGUCUUGGCUGGCGUCACGAGCUGCGCACGCGGACGCUAG